CUACAGAGAUGAUUCUUGAGCAGAUGAAUCCGAAUAUGCACCUGGUUUCAAGAUCUGACUCCAAUCCAAAAAACGACAUUGAGCGAGUUCCAUAACCUCUCUCAGCCUUUGUUUCAUAACUGCUAAGAGUUAUGUUGAUUUCGCAACGGAGCUUAAAUGAGAUAAAGUACUCCUUUCAACGCCUUGCACCUAGGUAGAGGGAGACCAACUGGAGUCCAGCACAAAUUCAAAUUCUGGCUUUAUCAUUAACCAGCUAUGUCAUUUUGAGCAAAUAGUUUUACAUCUCUGGGCUACCUCCUAGCAGAUGUGAGAUCCAAAUUCUACACAAAGAAUAUAGAAUAAGCCCUGAGCUGAGGCUGCAGCAGACACCCCAGGAGCUUAGACUCCAUCCAGCAGACUGCUCUGGGUUCCACGGCCCCACCAUGCAUCACCAGUCCGUUCUGCACAGUGGCUACUUUCACCCACUGCUUCGGAGCUGGCAGACCGCCUCCUCCACCAUCAGUGCCUCCAACCUCAUCUAUCCCAUCUUUGUCACGGAUGUUCCUGAUGAUGUCCAGCCUAUCGCCAGCCUCCCGGGAGUGGCCAGGUAUGGCGUAAACCAGCUAGAGGAGAUGCUGAGCCCUCUGGUGGAAGCUGGCCUGCGCUGUGUCCUGAUCUUUGGCGUCCCCAGCAGAGUUCCCAAGGAUGAACAGGGCUCUGCAGCUGACUCAGAGGACUCCCCGACUAUUGAGGCUGUCCGUCUGCUGAGGAAGACCUUCCCUACCCUCCUAGUGGCCUGUGACGUCUGCUUGUGCCCCUACACCUCCCAUGGCCACUGUGGCCUCCUGAGUGAAAAUGGAGCAUUCCUACCAGAGGAAAGCCGACAGCGGUUGGCAGAGGUGGCACUGGCCUAUGCCAAGGCAGGCUGUCAGGUUGUAGCUCCAUCAGACAUGAUGGACGGACGAGUUGAGGCCAUCAAGGCUGCCCUGCUAAAACAUGGACUUGGCAACAGGGUCUCUGUGAUGAGCUAUAGUGCCAAAUUUGCCUCCUGUUUCUAUGGUCCUUUCCGGGAUGCAGCUCAGUCAAGCCCAGCUUUUGGAGACCGACGCUGUUAUCAGCUGCCUCCUGGAGCCCGUGGCCUGGCCCUCCGAGCAGUGGCCCGAGACAUUCAAGAAGGAGCUGACAUGGUCAUGGUGAAGCCGGGAUUGCCCUACCUGGAUAUGGUGCGAGAGGUAAAGGACAAGCACCCCGAGCUCCCCCUCGCAGUAUACCAGGUGUCUGGAGAGUUUGCCAUGUUGUGGCACGGAGCCCAGGCUGGGGCCUUUGAUCUCAGGACUGCUGUACUGGAGGCCAUGACGGCCUUCCGCAGAGCUGGUGCUGACAUUAUCAUCACCUACUUUGCACCCCAGCUGUUGAAGUGGCUGAAGGAAGAGUGAAGGAAGUGUAAGGGCUUGAUCUUGACAAAGCUCCCUGGGCCUUACAGAAGGGAAAAAGUAAAUGCGCUGUUA